AUGGAUGAUGUCUUGCCGGAUCAGAACGUGGCGGAAGAGGAUGAUGAGGUAGUGAUGGCGAGAGCCGCCAGUGGCGGUGUCUUGGGGAAAGAUGCAGGAUGCUGUGGACUUUUUGCUGUAGUGCGUGCCUGA